AUGGUGCUCUCUGAUACACCGGCGAUAGCAGAAGCUCGUUUAGUAGCAUGUGAUAAUGGGAUGCAUACAGAACCCUUAUCUGCUUCAUUAUCACAAAAUGAUAUUGAAGUAACUGGUGACAAAGAUGAUAGUCGUUGUCUUCAUAUAACUAUUCAUAGGCCAUCCAGCAUAGCAUCGGGUAAUAUCAGAUCUCCUCUUCUUUCUGCUAAAUUUGUUUUUGAUGAUCACAUACGAUGCAUGGCAGCAAAGCAAAGACUUAGCAAAGGCAGACAGAAAGCCCGACAGCGCAAGCUUCAUCAGAUAGCACGCUUAUUAGAACUCCCAGAACAUAUUCAGCCCUGUCCCUCACCAUUAAGACACAGCUUACAUUCUGUUAAAUCAGCAGAUUAUUCAUCUUUGAUGCAUCGCAGUCAGUCUCAGGAUACUGGUCUCCGAGGAAGGGCUGUUUCAUCAAGCCAUGCGAGGCAUCGUCCUUUGCUUCCUACAUCUGCAAGAGUGCCUGGACAUGCUACUAUUCUGAAGCAUUCUGAGGCAAAUCAUAUCUCUACUACCUCUGAUGGAGGAGAAAAGUCUUUAAGGGCUACAGAGCGGAAGCGUACAAGUAGUAGUCCAUCAUCUCCUCGAAGACAUGGUUCUCGCUCAAGAGAAUCUUCUCCCAGGCAGCAUGCAGGUGGUAGUUCUGAACAAAUCCCACUCGAAGAUUUAUCAAGAAUUCAUUGUUCACGUCAUGGGAGUCCUAGUAUCAGAAGGCGGAGUUCAUCAGGUCUAACUCAGGCAAGAAUCAGUGCACCACCUGGUCUCUGCCAUAUUCAUCAACAAUGUGGUUUUAGUCAAACUUCUAAUUCAACAACAAGCCUGAGCGAAAAGCCUCUUGCUCCCAAGCCUCGAGAUCGUGCUUCUGUAUCAAAUGAUGAGUUGUUUGCAGGAUUUUCAGCAUCUCUUGAAGCUUCUGAGAUAAUAAAUAAAUCAGCUGAAUCUCAAGGAAAUAAUGAUUCAGUUCCAAAGCCUGUUCCAUUAAUUUUGCAACCUGAUACAUCCGUGCCAUCAGACUCAGUACAAAGUCCAACUGAAGCAUGUGUGAAGCCAUGCUGUGCUGUUGAUCAGUCAGAUGAAAAAUUCCAUCCAGAUUUCUCAAGUACUCCAAAACCAUCAACUUCAAAUAAUUCUGUAAAUAGUGAACUUAAUUCUGAACCUGUACAGUCAGAAAAGGAAGCAAAAGUUAAAUCUCAGAGCUCCAGCUCUGAGACCAGUAAAGUGAAAGGAGCUAUUCAAACUGUAUAAAGUACCUGAAUUAUUUAUGAAAAUGAAACUGAUAAUAAUCAAAAUAUUUUAGUUUGUAUUUUGAGUCAUGAAGUAAAGCUUGUAAACAAGCGGGGGAGACAUUUUGCAUGUUAAUUACAUUAUACAGAAGUUCAAAAUUCAGUAUUAAAAAAUGUUGUUUUUGGUAUACAGUCAAUACUUUGUAAAAAUUUUGUAUCUCUGGUUCUCUGAAACUAUAAUCAGUAUCACUAUUUAUACUAGAUUUUUGUUAACCAUUUGGUUUAUUUCUCUUACUGGCAAAUAUAUGCAAAAUUAAAUAAAUGAAUUAAAAUCUUUUAAGUUGUAGCAGGGGGAAAAAAAAGUCUUUUUAAAGUU